AUGGUGGCGUCCAAGGCCCGCAUCAGUAAGAAACAGUACAUGAAGGACAAGCCCACUAGGGGAAGAGUGAGUCCACCACUGACCAUUUCCUCUGUAUGGGACCUGCUGCCAUUUCCAAUACUCGGUGGGGACUACAGACUCUAUGUAGAUAACUACCACACCAGCCCUGCCCUGUUUGUGGAAUUGGUUGUUGUGGGACCUUCAGAACUAACCGGGAAAGACAGAGGCUAUGAUGAGUUCUUUGGUUUUAUGGAUGUUGAGUGUCAGGUUGUUUUACGAUCCCCAGACGAAGAUGAAGAAGUGAGUGCAGGUUUUCAAGCGAGCGAGGAGAAUCUCUUUGAUAUCAGCCCUCUCAAGCACACGGCCAUGCAAAAGGUCUGCUAUGUAACCAUCGACGACAUGAAAGUGUUACAGGUUAGGGGAGUGUCGGAUAAUUAUGUCCGAGUCUUCCACAACUUCGUCAGCUCGCACUCAACGUCAUCUACGUCAGAGGCUCUUUCCUCAGGUGCCUCUCCCUCUCCAUCUGUUGACUGGGCAAUCUCCUUCCACUUCCGGUACAUCCUCUUCUAUCUCUGGUUCAAUUUCAGUGCCCUCUUCAUCAUGUCCAAAAAGCUGGACCAGAACCUCUUCGACAGAGAACCGCUUGGACCGCCCAUUCUGCUCGUUCCACAGUGUAAGUCAUCGUUUUGUUUCUCGUCUCUGUUUAGUUUACGUGUUAUCACUGCUUGGUCUCAGCUGUGUGUGUGUGUGUGUGUGUGUCCAUCAGGGCUGGCCUACUGUCGACACCUGUCCACUGUGCGGACUCACCUGUCGGCUUUGGUCAACCACAACAUCGUUCCUCCAGACAGACCCUGCGAGGCGUCCGGGGGCCUCAGCAAAGAAGUGUGGAGCAAGUACCAGAAAGACUGCAAGAACUAUAAGGAGCUGGAGCUGCUGAGGCUGGUGUAUUAUGGUGGAGUGCAACAUGAUAUCAGGAAGGAGGUCUGGCCUUUCCUGCUGGGACACUACAAAUUUGGCAUGGGCAAGAAGGACAUGAGCCAGAUCGAUGCAAAGAUCAGUGAGCGUUACCAGCAGGUAAUGCGGGAGUGGAAGGCCUGUGAGGUCAUCGUCAGGCAGAGGGAGAAGGAGAUGCAGUCGGCCAUCUUUGCCAAGCUGUCGUCAGGCAGCAGCAUUGACAGUCACGUCCUGCGACUGGUUCACAGAGACUCCACACUCAGCAAUGAGGUGUUUAUGUCGGUGGAUGAGCCAGAUGCAGGGAGCCAGGAGACUCCCAGUGGAGAGGACAUCACUCCCACCAUGACCACCUUGGUCCCCCCGGCCGCCCUCCCCCCCGAGGAGCGUCCUCUGGUGGAGUUUGACUCCCCUGACUCGGGUCUGCCCUCCUCCAGGAACUACUCAGUGACCUCAGCCCACUCCCAGAUCCUGUCCAGCAUAGACGACAGUCAGAGCAUGGAGGAGGAAGGAGGGGGCGGGGAGGAGGCCAGGACUCUGGGUGUGUUGGGGGGGCGUCAGGACUCUCUGACCGAGGACCGGCUGUGUAGCCAGCUGGACAAACUGGUGACCAAUGGAGCGUCUGCGGAGGGGAUGUCACCAUCACUGUCCAAAUACACAAUUGAACUGUUGGACAUCGUCGCCCUGAACCUCCACAGGAUAGACAAAGAUGUCCAACGCUGCGACCGGAACUAUUAUUACUUCACCCCUGCCAACCUGGAGAAACUACGCAACAUCAUGUGCAGUUAUGUGUGGGAGCAUCUAGAGAUGGGCUACGUUCAGGGCAUGUGUGACCUGCUGGCUCCACUCAUGGUCAUCCUGGAUGAUGAGUGCCUCGCAUACAGCUGUUUUACUCAGCUAAUGAAGAGGAUGAGUCAGAACUUCCCUAAUGGUGGAGCCAUGGACACACACUUUGCCAACAUGAGGUCACUGAUCCAGAUCCUGGACUCGGAGCUGUUUGAACUGAUGCAGCAGAACGGAGAUUACACUCACUUCUACUUCUGUUACCGCUGGUUCCUGCUGGACUUUAAGCGAGAGCUCCUGUAUGAGGAUGUGUUUGCCGUGUGGGAGGUGAUCUGGGUGGCUCCCCGGAUUUCCUCCAAGCACUUUGUCCUCUUCCUGGCCUUGGCCCUGGUCACCGUUUACCGUGAGAUCAUCAUGGACAACAACAUGGACUUCACUGACAUUAUCAAGUUUUUCAAUGAGAUGGCCGAGCGUCACGACGUCCAACAUAUAUUAAAGAUAGCGCGGGAGCUGGUGCAUAAGGUUCAGUCUCUGAUGGACAACAAGUGACCGAGGAGGACGAGACGGAGGAGACGGAGGAGGAGGAGUGGGAGGACAUCAGUGCUUCCUCUCAUCCCUUAGAGAGAUGUCAGCGUGUUUACAGACCUCCACCUGUCCAGAGAGAGUCCAUACGGUCCAUGUCUCGUCCCUGGCCAGGUGAAGGUGAGCGCGGGGCAGGAGUGCUGCUCGCUCGGUCCGGCUCUGGAGCUCGGGCCUGGAUCUGUUUACAUUUACCUUUACUUGGAAUGCUCAUGGUGUCCGUUCAGACAUGUGGAUUUGUCUGCAUGCUUGUGAGUUUGACCACACUGUGAGGACAUUCUUGAGUCUCCCCAGUCUUGCAGAGCUUGUGUGUGUGUGUGCAUGACAACACACACACACACACACACACACAUAUAUACAAAUACACACACUGUAUAUUAACUCUUGUCAGUGCUCCUAUUUCAAGAGUCGCACCCUUUUCUCCAACGCUUGAAGCAGAACAUAUUGGAUGCCUGUCAGGAAGUGUUUGUUCCUCCAGUAGAGGUCAGUAGAGUUCAGGAUUUUACCCACAACAUUGCCAGAGGAGCGGAAGACUUUAGCCACGAAGAAGUUUUCAUUAGUGACCAAAUGGACUGUGCCAACUACCUUUUCAUGAGUGUUUUCUACAACUAGCAUGUGUGUGUUUCUACCCUUUCACCACUGUUUGUUUGUUUUUUUCUUUUAUUCAUGGAAGUUUUAUUAUCACACAAAUGUUGCCUUUAUCAGUAAGAGCCCAAGGUACUUAGUUGCACUUUUUUCUGAGGGUUUCCUUCCUGGUGCCUAUGAAGGCCUCGCUACAGUCAGCGGAGGCUGGAGGUGCCACAAGAGGCCAAAUUGUCGAGAAACUCAGGAUGAAUUGCAGCCAACUUUUCUGAGCAUGUCAGUCAGUGGUUGGGCCAUGUUUCAUCCUUGUUCCAAGAUGGAAGAACUAACAGCAGAGCACAACAGCGUCGACAAAAGCACACUGGGUUGUUAAUCUUAACCUUUGUAGAGUCCCUUGAUUUUAGUCCAGGCCUCAAAUGAAGACACACUUUUACAGUUUUCGAGCACUGAAUUGGGAAUCACAAUUACAAGUUUGGUUUUGAAGUCGUAUUCUGACAUUGGUGGAAUAAAUCUAACCAUCACAGGUUUUUAAAACAGUAUUAUGGCAUACAUUUACAGAAAACACAAUGAAAAUGAUUCAUGGAGAAAUAUGAGGUGAAUUUUCUAAGAAUUCUAUUUUUUAAAUUGUCAGCUAUUUGAUUCAAGCCAACCAUUCUUGAGCUUAGGAACUGGCGAUGGCGGUGUUUCACUUAGCUUCUGCACUUCUGAUCUAAGUUGUAGAAUUACUGAUGUAACACAGAGGAAGAAGACAUGACGCCCACAGAGGGACAGGAAACAACAUUUCAAUUGAUUCUAUUCAGUGACGUCUACAAGUGGAGUUCAAAAUAAGGCUGGUGCUACUCUGUUUUAUUAUUGUCAACAGAUCCCAUGAAAAGACCAAAACCAGCAACACAAGCAGAAGUCUGAUCACUAUUUCCCCACAACGUGGUGGUGUUACAGUGAGUUUUUACAGCAGCUCGACUCUGGUUUAACCCAAAAGCAACAAUAUAUUAAAUAGACACCAGGGGGCGACUGCUGGUUACAGAAAGUUUCUGUUUCUGUAAUUUUCUCAUGAUGUCUAUGAGAAAAUUAGCCUAUUUCCCACUUAGUAGGAAAUUAGAGAGCAUUUUAUGUGUUUCUGUUACAGUAUGUACCGUUUGUUUACACUCAGUCACAGCAGUAGAUUCAGGGUUUGCUGUUCACUGUCUAGUUUCGGGGGAAAACAUCUAACUGUGAUUUCGAUUUGAUUUGGAAAACCUUCAAAAUCAAGUUUUCAUUGUGUUCAUAGAUUAAAAACAGCAAGUUGUAAUAAAUAGAAAACAGUUCCAUUAAUAAAGCCAAUUGGAACUUAUAGUUGUUAUUCACUUAACUUGUAAUAAUUUGCAUCCCUCCAUAUCGUCCAUAUCAUCCAUAAUUGUAUGUCUAGAUUGUUUGAAUAGACACAGCCCUUUAUUUUGUGGCUCUCACUGACUUCCUGAUUGGCGACAGAUGAUUUUACAUCUACACUAGUUAGUUCUCAGGAUGAGCUUGAGGCAGACCCUGCAUAUUACCCCAUUCUAGAAUAUUUGAAGGUCUGUGCCUCUACUGCGGUUACAGUACAUGACCAGCAUUACAGCCAGUGUUGGUUUGGGUCUUUUCAUGAACUACGGUGACAAACUCUUCCCUUACCUACGCUUUCUUUAGGAAUGAAUGGAAUGGAGUCAAACAUGCCCACUGAUCUGAAGGCAACCGCUUUGUGUUGCUUUCAGUGCUGUUAGGAAAAAGUGGUUGCAGUUGUCCAUGUGGAACCUGAUUAAUCCAGCCUCUGAGGAGAAGACGUGGCUGGAGUGUGUUGGUCCGAGUUCACAGGUUGAACAAAAAUACCUGAGACAAAGCUGCUUUUGACGCAAACCUUUGUGGAGUGUUCAGUGAAUCAGUAUUCGGAUGGAUUCGGCUCAACCGCAACAGCACAGAGUACAGUUUGUGUUUGUACCAGAAGGGAAUCUGGUUUACAAUCCCCUUCAUCACUUUGGCCCUUUACCCCCCCAACCCCCGACCCACCCUCCUUGCCUCCUUAACAUGUCCAAAACGGCUGCAUAUGAUUGGUCAUCCAGCACUGACCCACACCUGUGAUUCAAGUGCCAAGAGUCUUCCCCAAUCCUGAAGUGUACUGUAGUCAUCUGGCUCGCUGAUUCGCUGGUUUUGAUCCCAGGAAUGGGCAGUGGUGUGGAUGUACCUUGCUACGGACUCUUCCUCUUCCCCACCCUGCCUCUACAGCGACACACGGGGGCCGGUAAGGGAAACCUGGGCCCAUAGCAGAGCCUUUUCUUCCAAUCAGGACAUUGCGUACCAAAGCCUUGAAACUAGAGCCCGACUGAUACUGGAUUUCUGGGGCUAACCCUGCUUGUAUUUUUUGGGGGGAAUAAAGUAAUCCUGAAAAGUUAUUAACCUCUAUGAUGAGUUUCACUCUGGAAUUGAGCGUCUCUGAUCCUCCAUUUUGGCACAAAUGUUUAUAAAGAUCUAUGAAGGUUUAUAAUGGUGCACAUGAGAUGACAUAAUACUCAUGCUACAGGUCUACAUUGGCAGAUAAAACUGAUAUAUCAGUCGGGCUCUACUCAAAACAGCCCCCUCUGUGGCAUGACAGCAAUGUGCAAUUUCAUACUGCAUCUUGAAUACUGACUGUUUACUAUGUGUGUAAAAUAUUUUUGAAAAUGGUGAUCUUGAAUUCUUUGACUACAGUGUCAUUCCUGUUGUUUGAGAAAACCCAUUAAAGUCUAUAUUCCUGUACAUACGAACCAAAACCCAAUAUUUCUAUGAAGACAGUCAGAACAUAUAACUUAUUUUGAGAUCUAUUUUUAUGUUGGUUUUAGCGGCACUUGUUGGAGGUGUAUACUGUGCAGAGCUGCAGAAUGUGUGCAGACCAUGUACACGCUGACUGUUAAGUGUUUCUUUCUCAAUGUCGUGCACUGACUUCAAGAUUUAAAAUUUCUAUUUAUUUAGAGAGCCAGUGAUUGCAUUGCUGAAUAUGUACUAGUGAGGAUGUAUCAUUUGCCUUGAAUGUAAUGUAUUAUUAAACAAAGGGUUGUUCAGUA